AUGCUUGCGGCGUGUCUCUUCCUCGGUGUCUUGCCUCUGGCAAUCGCUGCCCCAGCCGAGUCGGCUUCGGCAUUCGUGGGCUCUACCGUUACUGCGACGUUCCCGCUUCCUGAUGCUACGUUUACGCUCAACGAAAACUACUUCCCAGACGCAGAGCAGGUAGGCUUCCCGGGCCCCACUCCCACCGGAGCCGAGCCAUUGGCGAUCGCGACCGCUCCCGUCGCCGCGCUCAAUUACGACACGUACCCGAUCAUAGCCCCUUCAGAACAGUAUGCUGGUGCAGGUCCUGCGUUCAACCCCAUGUACUACUGGGGGAACCUGGGACCAUGGUAUUCCGUCGGCGGUGCCUUUGGACUCCCGGAAACUUCGCCCCAGAUCCCGGCGGGCUGCGACCUCGAGCAGGUGCACAUCCUGUUCCGUCACGGAGCGAGAUAUCCCACUGCAGGCUCUUCACCUGGCGUAUUCGCCACGGCGCUCCAUGCUGCAGCGACGAACGGCAGGGGCUUCAGUGCGACCGGCCCUUUGGAAUUCCUGAACACCUGGACAUAUAAGCUCGGUACAGAUGUCCUAACUCCAUUUGGCCGCGAGCAACCAUUCGACCUUGGCGUUGGCUUCCGUGUCAAGUACGGUAACCUGUUGAACAAAUUUACGAGUAUCCCCGUGUUCCGAACGACUUCAAUGAACCGUAUGGUAGCGUCGCUCUCCAAUUUCGCAGUCGGUUUCUUCGGUGUACCUGAAUACCUCACGUCCUACCAUGAAGAGAUUAUCAUCGAGGCCACAGGCUACAACAACACUCUUGCGCCGUACGAGACAUGCACAAACGCCAACAACGAUGUCGGAGGCAACAUCGGCAACUACGCAUCAGGCAACUGGACCCAGAUCUAUUUGAAAGAGACAACGAAGCGCUUGCAGAGAUACCUGAAGGGCUAUAAGCUAACCCCGAACGAUGUCUAUGCGAUGCAGGAAAUGUGCUCGUACGAGACCGUCGCGCUUGGGUAUUCUGAGUUCUGCGGCCUCUUCACGGAGGAGGAGUGGAGAGGGUUUGAGUACUCCAUCGGUAGUCCGAAUUCCGCUGCUCGCGGCGUCGGCUACGUCCAGGAGCUCGUCGCGCGUCUCACGAAGACCCCUCUCACGGUCUUCGACACGAAUUUGAAUGGGACGCUGGAUGGCAACCCCAUCACGUUCCCUCUCGAUCAACCGAUCUAUGCUGACGCCACACACGACGUGGUGAUUGCUAGUAUCAUUACGGCAUUGAAUUUCACGACGAUGGCUGCCAAUGGGCCAUUGCCUUGGGACCGCAUUCCCGUGGGACAGACCUACCACGUGCAAGACAUUGCGGCCUACUCAUCAAACCUUGUCGGCCAGGUGCUGUCCUGCCCAGCGUCCGAAACGCCCAAGGAGAAGGAAAAGUAUAUUCGCUUCCUCCUGAACGACGGCGCGGUCCCGCUCACGGGCAUCUCCCACUGCGAGACGCCGAAUAAGGACGGUCUGUGUCUGCUCGACAACUUCGUGCAGGGGAUGAAGGAGCGCAUCGCGGAGAUUGACUACGCUUACGACUGCUUGGGGGAUUACACGAUUCCUAACCCGGACACGAUUAUUGACGGAAGGAUGAUUCGGUGA